AGUCGAGAAUAGUUUGUGGGGAUUCCCAGGCAACCAUUCAUCUUGUUGCCCUUUUAGUUGCCAUUCUUAUUCACAGCGCUUUCGUGGGAGCGAGAACAUGUUAGUGGCUUCCAACAGCCAUCGAAAUAUUUGCAUUCUUUGAUUGAGGCAUCUUUGCAAUUGGAUUAGUAGGAAUACCCUAUUCGGAAAUCUAUCUCGGUAUAUACCAGUAAUCAUGACUUGUUUCUUCAGCGUUUGCAUCUGGAAUGUUUAAGUUAAAGAUUUAUCUAGUCAACCCCCUGGACUAUCCAAGGACGGUUCUACCUACAAGAAACUUUCAGAAUAGAGAAGAUGCCAUUUAAAGAUGAAACGGCUCUGAUGAACAAUACACAUUCUGAAAGUGUGAUCAUCAUAUACCUCAUCCUAGGAUCCCUAAUCAACUUCACAACGUUGGCUUCUCUCUUCAGCAAAAGUGGAAUUCUUCAUCUACAGGCAAUCUUUUGUCAUCAAGCUCAACAGAGAAGUGCAUCUUUGUUUUAUUUGGGAAUUAAGAAAUCGAGACAUAGAUUUGUAUUAAGCAGCAUGGCGGAGAAAGGAGCUGAGGUGAACCCUAGCAUUAGAAGCCUCCAGAGUGAUACAGGAGAGUUAGAAGGUCAACCUGGUUCAGGAGCAUCAUUUCAAGGAGCAUCACCUCCUCCAUCAUAUCUGGAAUUGCCAGGAUACUCUACAAACAUCUUUAAAAGUCCUCCAUCAGAAGGUUAUAUUUGUGGAAUUUGUGCCCAGGUAGUACGAUGGCCCGUACAGACGGACUGUGCCUGUGGAUUAUUUUGUCAUGGAUGCUUACAUAGAUAUAUAGGGGAUGAAACAGGAUCACUAGAGUGUCCAAGAUGCCAUGAUAUGUUUCCAACAACUGAGACUCAGCGAGACAAGAUCGCCCAUAAAAAGUUGCUCAAGCUAGACAUUAUAUGCCCACAUGGAUGUGGUACAGACAUGUUGCUCAGAGACUUGGACAAACAUGAAGAAGAAUGCUCAUUUGUAAUAAUAGAAUGUAUCCAUAAACACCAGGGAUGCAAAGAACUUAUAAAGAGGAUCGAUCUGGUAAAACAUCUAGAAACGCAAUGUGACUUUAGGAAAGAAUCCUGUCAGCAUUGUGGACAGCAGUUUAUAGCUACAGAAUUAGAGAAACAUGAAAAAGUUUGUGCAUUUACAGAGUCAGUAACUAAAGUAUUAAUGGCUAAAGGCGGAGAUGGUGAAGCAGGAGCUGCAAGUGGAGAAGUAGUCACUCAGGAGCUCAUGAAGACUGUAGCCAUCAACCUGGAAGCUAAGAUAGCUGAAGUCAGGAGGAUAAUGACCGAAAUUGACAAUCAGGGAAAAGUCCUAAAGAAAUUAUAUGAGGAUAGUAGGGCAACGAUUAAUAAGAACACAGAUAACUUGUCGGAUGUGGAUAAGUCCGUUAAACAACUACAGAAAAUGGUCCUAACGAAAUUGAGUAAGCUGCCCGACAUUGAGCGGAGUGUCGGAACGAGCUUGUCCCGAACGGAGUUUGAGAGCCACAAGGAGAGUGUCCAGGGAAUCAGAGAAGAACUGGACAGUCAGAAGACUAGAAUUAGCGAACUGGAAGAUCAGAGUAGUAGUGGAACAAUUGGUGGAUCCAGUGAGGGUAUAUCUAAACAUCUCAAGGAUCAGAUAGCUAAUAAUACAGAAAAGGUGAAUUACUUUGAUGAUCAAAUUAAUAUGUACUCGAUGCGGCUAGCUGAGCAUGAGCUACGGUUCCAGUUCCAGGAGACUGCCAGCUACGACGGCACGCUCAUCUGGAAGAUCAAGGAGUUUGCCCGUCGUAAGAGGGACGCAGACAACGGAAAGACACUAAGCUUGUACAGCCAGCCCUUCUACACUAGCCGCUUUGGCUACAAGAUGUGCGCCAGGAUAUAUUUGAAUGGUGAUGGCAUCGGGAAGGGCACCCAUGUAUCUCUCUUCUUUGUUGUGAUGAAGGGUGACUAUGAUGCUCUCUUGCCCUGGCCGUUCAGUCAAAAGGUGACAUUAAUGCUCUUAGACCAAGAGACUGGUCGACGUCACCUGUCGGAUUCCUUCCGACCCGACCCAACCUCAACAAGCUUCCAGCGCCCCUCUACCAACAUGAAUAUUGCUUCAGGAUGCCCUCUGUUUGUCUCUCAAUCAGUCCUGAAGGACCCUGCCUAUGUCAAGGAGGAUACCAUCUUCAUCAAGGUUGUGUGGAUACCACUGAUCUCUAUGGCCCUUAGUAAUGACUGCCCUCGAUCAACUCAAGUUCUCUUUAGAUGUCUGUCUCUAACUAGUGACCACUUAACUCAUUGUUGAGUCAUUCGCAUAAGGAGUAUGGUACAGAUGAUAGCAAAGGUUGUUGUGGAUACCACUGAUCUCUAUGGCCCUUAGUAAUGACUGCCCUCGAUCAACUCAAGUUCUCCUUUAGAAGUCCGUCUCUAACUAGUGACCACUCAACUCAUUGUUGAGUCAUUGGCGUAAGGAGUAUGGUACAGAUGAUAGCAAAGGUUGUUGUGGAUACCACUGAUCUCUAUGGCCCUUAGUAAUGACUGCUCUCAACUCAAGAUCUCCUUUAGAAGUCUGUCUCUAACUAGUGACCACUUAACUCAUUGUUGAGUCAUUCGCAUAAGGAGUAUGGUACAGAUGAUAGCAAAGCACUGCAGUGCAAAAGAAAUCAAGGCGCUAGUCUACAAAGUGAUAGACCUGCAAACUGCUGAACUAUUUCCUUGAGUUUGUUAAAAUAGAGAUGUACCAGUUGGAAACUCCAUAGAUAGAAUGCAACUUGUAGGACCACAGCCAUCAUGGGACAAGACUAUAGUCGCAAGGUGUGAUCACAAACUUAUUCAUAGCUAAGAGGCAUGAUAAGUAGCCCAUAUUGCACUGCCUGUUACAUGUAUUUGUAGACAACAGGGAUGUCUAUGCGCAUGUAGUAUGAUAAACCCAUAGUCUAAAGGAUGUUUAUCAGAUUUAUGGUGGAUGAUUUGCAUUAUCGUGUACAUCUUAUGUUAGAAAAAAAUCCAACAAUAUUUUAUUGACUUUGAAAUUGUUAUUUAAGCACUAAAUUUCAAACAGAAAAUAGACUUUUUUCAAAUCAUUUAUCAACAUUGAUUUAUGUGAGAGCAAAAAGAAGUGUCUUUGAUCAGCAUAGGUUUUCCAUUGACUGUUGUUAGUUAUAUUUAAGUUAUAAAAUACCGGAAAUAAAUCAAAUAAGUCACUUUUUGAGAUUUAAACUUGAUUAUAUUUGUUAUUUCAUUUCAGCAGUUAUUAUCAUUCAGAGCUUACUUUAAGAAAGAAGGGAUAUGAGGCUCAGGCUAAAAAAUUCAUUCUUUUUAUUUUAAAUUACUAAAACCCAUA